AUGAGGUCUCUGGAAUGGCGCUUCGCUCAACUGUGUGAUCCUUGCAAUCAACAGAGCUAUCGAGAUGCUACCAUUCCUGCAGAGAUUCCGAUUUAUGUUCCAAGGUCAUUUCGUCCAUGGUUGGAUGCUGUUGAGCUUAUUUUAUAUGCUAAUCAGACUGUUUAUUACACGUCCCAACCCUUUCAACUCAAAAGUUUCGUCGUAUUUCUUUCCUCCUUUGAUAUCUGA